UGGCUCAUACAGGCCCAUUCAUCUAUCUUCCAGCAGAUGGUGCUGGUUGGUCGGGUGUGGUGAAUGACCACAGAGUGACGCGUAACGUGACUCAGUGUUCAUCGUGAAGCUUCGAUCUGUUCUCGUUUCCAGUUUUCAGACGUUUUUCAAACCUCUAUUUACUCUUGUUCAUCGAUAAGUGUGAAAUGUCUUCCCGCAAAACUGCUGGACGUCGUGCCACCACGAAAAAACGCGCUCAACGCGCAACGUCGAAUGUCUUCGCGAUGUUUGAUCAAGCGCAAAUCGCGGAAUUCAAAGAAGCUUUUAACAUGAUUGAUCAGAAUCAUGACGGAUUCAUUGACAAGGAGGAUUUGCAUGAUAUGCUUGCCUCUCUGGGUAAGAAUCCUACUGAUGAAUAUUUGGAGGCAAUGAUGAACGAAGCACCUGGACCUAUCAAUUUUACAAUGUUCUUGACAUUGUUUGGAGAGAGAUUGCAAGGGACUGAUCCCGAAGAUGUAAUUAAGAAUGCUUUCGGUUGUUUUGAUGAAGAAAAUACCGGUCAUAUAAAUGAGGAGCGCCUUCGUGAAUUGCUCACAACAAUGGGUGACAGAUUCACGGAUGACGAUGUAGAUGAAAUGUACCGUGAAGCACCGAUCAAAGGCUCAAUGUUUGACUAUCUAGAGUUUACUCGAAUCUUGAAACACGGUGCAAAGGAUAAAGAUGAGCAGUAGUGAGCGGAUUAAUCUUAAAAGUUCGCGUAUCCCCGACAUGAAAUCGUAGAUAGUAUUCGAAAUUUCUCACGCGCAUUUCGCACUUCUGAAUUCAUCCGAUUUUUAUUCACAAAAUAUUAAUGAUAUUAUGAAAUAUCAUUAUUAAUAAAUAACAAAAAAAUUGUAACAUGAUUCACAUGGAGCAACUAAA